AUGGACCUCAGGACCAUCAUCAACACCGACUCGGCCGUGGGCGCGGCCCGGGGUCCGCAGCUACACCAGCAACCACCACCAUCACAGCAGCAUCACCAGCAUCACCAGCAGCAGCAGCAGCAGCAGCGUACACAGCGGCCGCUCUCGAUACACUCGCUGGGGCCGGACGAGCCUCCGCUGCGCAGCGGCAGCGUCCACGAUGAGCAUCCGCCGCAGCACCACGAGUACGGCGGCGGCCCGGCUGGCGGACGGCCGUCGCAACCGCUGCAGCCUCCUCUGCAGUCCCCCAAGCGCAUCUCAGUGCCGUAUAUGGGCUCGACUGCCCAGUCGCCGUACCAGCAGCCGCCGCUCGCCUCGAUCCUGACCGGCAGAGAGCCCGGCGAGCGCGCCAGCAGCGUGCUGUCCGUCCCGCGAGAGCCAUACUCGGCCUCCUCGCUGCCUCCGCCCUCUGCGGCCUCGCUCUCCUCGCCCUUCACGCCCCAGCCGACCAGCGCCGGCACCCAGCACUCCUCCUACUUCUCCCAGCAGCGCUCUCACUCGGUCCAUUCGGCUGCCUCGCCGUCGUCGGUGCGCAGUCUCUCCUAUCCGUCUGGCCGUGAGCCUUCAGGCCACCCUUACUCGCCCAGCCAGCAGCACCAGCAGCAGCCGCAACUGCAGCAACUACAGCAACAUCACCAGGCAUUCCAUCCCCAACAGCCGCCGCCGCAGCAGCAGCAACAACAGCAGCAUUAUCAGCAGCAGCAGCAGCAGCAGCAGAGAUCGCAGCCAGGGACACCUCUUGCGCCUCCAGGAUCUUCCUACCGUCGACCAUCCCCCCAUCCGGUCCGCCCCCCGUCUUCAGGCCACGAUGCUCCCCUGUCGGCUCGUCUGGGAAGCCCCUGGGGCAGUCAGGAUGCCUCCUCUGGUGGCCAGAGAGACGGCGUGUCUCCAACGGUGCAUACGCCCAUCUCACGGCAUAAUUCAGUAGCUACGGACUCUUAUCCCCGGCAGUUCUCCAUGGAACGGGAAAAGGAGCAGCACCUCGAUAGUGUCAGCCCAAAGACCAUCGUUUCUCAACAGGGAGCCGCCCCGUAUGGUGAUAUCAACGCCAGCAACGCCAUCAAUAGAGACAAUGCCAUUGGCAGCAACCAUAGCACACUCAAUCAAUCCGUCCAGACGCCCCAUAAGGACCCGGAAUUGGCCCAGCAAACAACUCACCAGCCGGGACUGGAACAUCAAACCCUUCCUCCCACCACUGCCCGUCCGUCCUAUCCUCCUUCAACUCCACAGACCGCAUCCAUCAGUAACAUAACAAACUCAGCUACCACUGCCUCUGGCUCGCCUACCAGUCGUCGUCCGGUCCAGGAAGCAUCACCAACACUCCAGCACCACCCUUUCCCCCCUAAACAACCUCUGCACCAGCCGCGCUCCAGCAUCUCUGCAGCUCCAGGGCCCUCUUCCGCUUCAGAACGUGUCCCAAUGUGCCCCCCACGGAAGAAACGCAAGAGAUACACCCAGCCUCCUAUAUUCGCCUGCAAGGCUCCUAGAACUUCCGGCACUCCUCCCCCCAUCCCUCCCAAGGGCAGCCAGGCGCUAGCUCAGCCUCCACCCUCCUCCGUUUUUCCAGGUAAACGACCGUUACCGAAGCGUGAAAGCCUCGACCGGAAUCUCACUUCAGACUCGCUUCCUCCGCGACCUUCAAGGGAUGCCGACAUGGCGGUCAAUGGCAAUGCAGUCAAGGAAUCAGCUGCAGAUAACCCCUUAGGACCUUGGGAGCCUACGAUCACAAAUGUCAUCCCGUCAGAGGAACUGACCAAACUGAUAUGUGAUUUCUUGUUUCAACAAGUUGUCAUGCGCAAAGAUAUCGGCGCUGGUCCAGCUGGGGGUAUGGCUGUUGGGUCGGGAGCCAUCCUCGAGGUCGAAGCCAAGUUAGGCAGACUGAUAGACAAAAGUCGGGGUGAGAGACUGCGUCUUCCCAUCCUCUCAGAAACUGUCAUCAGCAAGGACGACCCCAAUCUGAGGCUGGCCUUUGAAAGUUCAAUGUCACAGGCCCAACACCGGGCGAUGAACAACUUCCUCAACGAGGCGGUCAAAACAUCCAUAUCCCAAGGAACAGCACGCAUCCCGCUCGCCUACGCCCACAAACGUGAGCGAGAUACUUUCUACGACAUCUCAGCCAACGACCUCCCUCCAAUUGUCCAACAUCAUCUACACCCACGCCAUAAGCCCAGGGUGAGGGUCACCACAGACGUGCGCACAGGAGCCGUCAUAGCCCGUAUCGUCAAAUGCCGUAUUGCCGACCUAGACGUUUACAGUCCGCGAACGUGUCUUGACUGGCGCAUCAGUGUGAACCUCGAAAUGAACUACGACGGAGACCUAACCAAGUUGCAGCAGACAAGCGACUGGAAACGAAGCGGUGAUCGAAACAAAGACCGCAUGAGUUACAGACAUCUGGCAUACCAGAUAGACCUAACACAGGUCGGAACAACAGACAGCACCCCUGCAGACUUCGAGCAUGAGCUUGAAAUCGAAAUAUCUUCAGCGGAAAUCCGACGGCAAGGUGACCUCGCGUUAUCCGGAGACAUGAACAACCAGUACGAAGACCUCAUCAAAGGAUUUGUAGACAAUAUCCGUGUUCUUGCCAGGGCCGUGCCAGGCUAG